CACAACCCAGCCCCUCUCAAGCCAAGUUUACCCUGCUUUAUGCAGGGUUUCUUGCACUUGUGGGGUGCUCAGGACCUGUAGGAUUGAACACUCAAGGGAGAAGUCAGCCUGCUUCCUCUUUAUUCAUUUCUCAAUCUGACUUCUUCAGCCUGGCCACAUAACCUUGCUUUCCACCACCUGGUCUGCACUCACCUGCCCUGUGCAGCUCAGCUGGGAUGAAGGGGGCUCUCGGACCCCUCCUGCUCUCCCUCCUUCUGCUCCGCCAAGCUGGAGCAUGGUCCGGAGCCGGUGCAGACGCCGCCCUGGCAGAGCUGGUCGGGACCGCGGGGGAGACGGUCACGUUUCCUCUCGAGAUCCCGGCAGGUGAAACAUUAGAUAAUACUGUCUGGACGAUUGGCACAGAGAGUCUAGCAACGGCGGUACCAGGAGACCCCCCGAGUGUCCUUGUGUCAAACAGGCGCUAUAGGGGCCGCCUGCGUGUCCCCAACGCCGGCCUCGCACUGCACAUCACCGACCUGAGGCCGGGGGACGCGGGGUCCUACACAGUUAGAGUCAACACGGAUAAAAACGAAUUCACCCGGUUCUUCUCACUGCGGGUCUACGAGCGACUGCCCCAGCCCACGAUUCACUGCAAUGCCCAGAGCUGUGCAAAUGGGCUCUGUAACACCACUCUGAGCUGCACCAUCCCCAACGGAGGCAGCAAAGAGACCUACAGCUGGAGCACCCCACAGCCCCUCAGUAUGACUGCUCAAGGAUCCAUUGUGGUCAUCUCUCACCCAGAUCUUAUGAUAAACGUCACGUGCACAGUGCACAACCCCGCCAGCAGCAGCUCCACGACGGCCUCUGCCAAGGCCCUUUGUGCAGCCUCAUCGUUGUCCUACUGCCAGGCCAAGGGGCUCAUCCUGCUGUUGGUGCUGGGGGCGCUGAUCACCGGGACCGUGGCAGUGCACAUCAUGGCUGGCAAGCAGCCGAAACGGGACUGAGCAGGGCCCAGCCCACACCAGCCCUGCUCCGCUCCGAGACAGAAGGAUGAGGGAGGCUGCAGCACGGAGGAGAAGCAGCCGGUGGGCUGCAGGGGUCCGACUAUGAGUGUCUAAGUCCUAUUCCUAAAGCGGAACAGGCACCCUGGAGGAGAAGUGCCACCCCAUCUCUGCCUCCUCCCCUUGCCCAGCACUGGCAACGAACCAUGGCCCCCAGUCUGCAGGGCAGUCACUGGCUGGGCUCAGGGGCCCACAGAUAUGGGCAAGACACAAUUCUGCUGUCCCCGGGUCAGCUGCAGCCUCGAAACAAACUUUCCCUCCUCUGCACUGUCUGCGUCUCUGAACCCUCAGGGUCAAUCCUCCCCCCACGCCCCAAGAGCCCCAUGAGGUUGCACUGUGGCCCCCAGGGCUUGUUCAGCCAUCAGCACUGUGGGUGCCAACGUCCCUGGGAGGCAGGAUCUCCACUGGCAGGAGUAAUGCCCAAGCACCCCCCCCCCCGCACGCGCGCGCACACACAUUUUAUUGCUUUUGACUAACUACAGUUCGUUUCUGCUGAAAAUACAGUUCAUUUUUAAUUUCGGGUUUUAUCUGUAAGGGUUCAAUAAACUUGCUUCUACUUUA